UGACUUUCUCAAAAGAGCGCAGCACAAUCGUUUGCAAAUCACAACUUGGCCGACUCGAAUCGAGGUUCGAGGUGGAAAUCAAUUUGCGGCGUGUUUUUAGUUUCGUUUUCAGUGUAUAUUGGCUUUCCCUUUUGUUUCUCGCCCUUCUCUGCAGUGCAAAAAUUUGGUUGCUUCCAAAUUGAGAGACUUCGUUGGUGUGCGUUCCCGUCUCAGGGGCUCUUGACGACGCGCUCGGAAAGGAUGUGACCCAUUGUUUUGCUAUUUUAACUGUUCGUGCUUGGGACUUUGCAUUUUAUUCGACAGUCCCCCUCGUCUCAAGCAUGGCGCAUAAUUUUGCCAAGAAAAUCUCGGAAAACAAGCUGAAAGCGUUCUCGAUUGGAAACAUGGGCAAGCGAACGCUGUCCAAGAAGGAGCAGGAGGAGCUGAAGAAGCGAGAACAGCAGGAGGCUGCAGCCCAAGUCUUUCAAGAAUUUGUCGAGACUUUCCAAGAAGCCCCUGCAAAAUCCAGCAAAGUGUGGGUCAAAGCUGGAACUUAUGACGCAGGACGAAGACAGGAAGACACUCGAGAGCGAGGAAAAUUGUACAAGCCAACUUCGAGACUCUCUGAACAUCCAGAAAAGCAUCACCACAGCAGCGGUGGUAGUAGCUCUUCCAGUCGACAUGACUACAAACCAGAUAAGCCCGGCAAAAAGAAAGAAAAAGAGAAAAAGAAGAGCAACCUAGAGCUUUUCAAGGAGGAACUAAAAAUGAUUCAAGAAGAGCGGGAGGAAAGACACAAGUACAAACAAGUCAUAACCGGCCACCCGAGCAAGUACAGUGAAGAAUCGUCUGCAUCUCUAGCCAUGGCAAAAGGAGAGACUGAUCCCAAUACGACAAAUUUGUACCUCGGCAAUUUAAAUCCUAAAAUAAGUGAGCAGCAGCUGAUGGAAAUCUUCGGAAAAUAUGGUCCUUUAGCGAGCAUUAAAAUAAUGUGGCCUCGAUCAGACGAGGAGAAGGCGCGGGGUAGAAAUUGCGGGUUUGUCGCCUACAUGAACAGAAAGGAUGGCGAGAGAGCCCUCAAAAACUUGGGAGGCAAAAUGAUCAUGGACUACGAGAUGAAGCUUGGCUGGGGAAAGUCUGUGCCGAUUCCUUCGUAUCCAAUCUACAUUCCACCCAGUCUGGAAAAAUUGACCAUGCCGCCCCCUCCAUCAGGUCUUCCCUUCAAUGCCCAGCCUAGUCACCAAGACAGAGACAAGAUACCGCCGAUUGGCACCCCUUACCCUGAAGGUGAUGAUCCGAACAAGGAUGAGUUCGACAAGAUAUUGUCCAGGGCUGUUGUGAAAGUGGUUAUUCCCACGGAGAGGAAUUUGCUGUGUCUCAUUCAUCGAAUGGUGGAGUUUGUGGUUCGGGAAGGUCCCUUGUUUGAAGCAAUGAUAAUGAACAGGGAGAUUAAUAACCCGAUGUUCAGGUUUUUAUUUGAGAAUCAGAGCCCUGCGCACACCUACUACAGAUUCAAACUGUAUUCCAUUCUGCAAGGGGAAGCGCAGAAUAAGUGGAGAACAGACGACUUUCGCAUUUUCAAAGAUGGAUCGGUUUGGAGACCACCUCCUAUGAAUCCGUUCACUCAGGGCAUGCCGGAGGAACUUGUUGAGCCAGACCCGUCCGAGCCAAAGAAGGGCGAAUUAUCUGCUGCCCAAAGGGAUCGAUUUGAAACCAUGCUCAGAAAUCUGACUCCGCAAAAAUCUAAAAUUGGUGAAGUGAUGGUUUUUUGCAUGGAGCACUCGGAGGCAGCUGAAGAAGUGUGCGAGUGCAUUGCAGAGUCUCUGAAUGUUAGCACAACAGCGCUACAUAAAAAAAUUGCUCGACUGCACCUCAUUUCUGAUAUUCUGCAUAAUUGUGGAGUGAAAAUUACAAACGCAUCUUACUAUAGAAGAGGAUUUGAGUCAAAACUGCCACAGAUUUUCAUCAGUUUUAGUGAUGCAUACAAAAGCAUCGAGAGUCGUCUGAAAGCGGAAGCGUUUAAAAUGAGAGUAAUGCAGGUCUUCCGGGCCUGGGAGGAUUGGACAAUUUAUCCUCGUGACUACCUCAUCAGACUGCAGAACAACUUUCUGGGACUCUCAAAACUUCUCAAUAUUGAAGACGAGCCUCCCGAUGAAGGAUCUCCGGAAAAUGACGAUGGAAGCGAAGACUUGGACGGAAUACCUUUGGAUGGCUCGGCCCUAAAGGCAGCCAGAGAGAGGCUUAUGGAGGAGGAUGAUUUGGACGGAGUUCCUUUGGAUGAUGACAUUGAUGGAGUGCCAAUGGAGGAUUACACAAGACACUUUGGUAUGAAUUCCAAAUCAGCUGGAUUUGUCCCAUCAAAAUGGGAAACCGUCGACCCUGAACAAGUCGAGGCCCAAGCAAUGACAACACUCAAGUGGGAGUCUCUUGAGCACUCAAAUACUCGAAGUGCUGAUGAUGAUAACGAUUCAGACGAUGGUGUGGUCAACGACGAUUUAGAAGGAGAAUAUGAAAACAGAGAAAUGACUGAAGAAAGACGAGCCAAACUUCGGGAGAUAGAAUUAAAAGUAAUGACGUACCAAGACCAGUUAGAGAGUGGAGAUCGUUCUAUUAAAUCAAACUGCAGUAUCUUGCAACAAGUGGAGCACUACAGGAAAAAACUUCUGCGGAAGGUACGUAAUCAACCUAUUUUUCAGGUUAAGGACCGUAAGCAGUCUGUUGGUGAUAAAGAAAAGCGUGGUAUUAAAUUUAAAAUUUCUUCAACUCCAGUCAUUUGGAGGCCGAGCGUGGUGAAAGGGAAAGAGAAAAAACCAAUGAGGAACGAAGAGAUAGCUCAUCGCGACGUCGACGUCGAGACAGUGUGUCGCCUGAUGACAACUACUACCAUUACAGCAGCAGCAGGAAACGUCGAUCUCGAAGUAACUCUCCAGCCGCCCGCAGAAAUCAUCGGUCUAGAAGUCGGAGCCCUCGGAGAUCUUCUAGACGAUCUUCAUCUCGAUCCCCGCCAUACAGAAAAGGCAGAGGAUCGGUGACGCCACCCCCCAAAAGGCACAAACACAAACAUAAGCAUUAAAAAUCAUGGGGUCGCCAAACAGGAAAUGAAUUUCUGUUUGAUACCAUGUUUUGUAUUUUAAAAUGGCAGGAAUAAAAUACAUCUGAUUGCUCCUUUAAUAUAA